UUCUCACGUAAGGCUAUUACAGAAACUGCACAGGAAGAACAAGAAAACCACGAGGAGACAGGCUGUGCUUUUGAAAUUAGUUUUACAGUUCAGACGCACCGCAGACAUCCUGCGAGAGCGAGAAGGAACAUCGUGCGGGACAUCAUCGGUGUAAAAAAAAGCCUCUUGCUGAGGAAAGUCAAGAAAACGUCCGGCUGACUCUCAGUGACGUCUCAGCGCACGCAGACUGAAAGCCCCGUGUGAGGCAGGCUGUGUAGAAGGGUCUGUAACUCGGUAGGACCGGUCUGGCUAGUUUUUUUUUUCCCCUGCUUGCUCUGUGUUUUCUUUUCAGAAACAAAGCAGCGGAGUGUCGAAAGUCAUUGGCUCACUGCUUCGAAAUUUGCAUUGACUGUCCGGCCCCUUCGCUAAACCUCCGAGUCUCUUACCUGGAACGUCGAACUUUGGACCAGUCAGCCGUCAAAGACUGAGCAGCACGCGAGCUGGGGGAAAUUCGGCUUGCAUGUGUACAUUUUAAACAAACAGCCUGAAUCUGAAAGGGGCCGUUAUCUGGAUCUUCUUAAUUAACACCCCAGCGCUUGGAUAUGUCCCAACUGUAGCGUCAGAGUUGGAAACUGUCUUGACAUGUCCUCUAAAUCCAGGGUCCCGGGGUUUCUGAUGGAGCUGCCGGUCCAGCGCAAGACUCCUCCUAAGACCUUCGAGGACUUGACUUUGGACUCGGGGUACGGGGGCAUGGCGGGGUCAUGCCGCUCCUCUGUCCUCUCACUGUCCCCUGGGCCUGGGGACAGCCUAUGGACUCUGCCCGGGGACGGGCCUUUCCGCAGGGACCUGGGUGCUGGUGAGUGCCACAACUGCUCUGGGGGGCGACCUGAGGACCUGGAAAAGGUGGCCCCCAAACUACCGCCCCUGGAGCACCUGCCCUGGACAGAGGAGGAAGUGGGGGCUGUGAUGAGGAAGUGCCUGCCCUCCUGGACCGUGUCCGAGGGGCUGAUCCGGCGCGUGUCCACCUGCCUGGGCCGGACGCUGCUCAGGGUGGCGCGGGAGGCGCAGCGGCUCAGCCUGCUCUGCGGGAAGUGCACCCGGCACGAGGUGCAGACGGCCGCCAAGCUGGUGCUGUCCUGGUCGCUGUCGGAGAGCUGCGUGGCCGCCGGCGUGCAGGCGCUGUCCCUGUGCAGCAUGAGCGCCGAGGAGCCCGACGUCCGCAGCAAGAGCGCCCGCUGCGGCCUGGCCUUGUCCGUGGGCCGGUUCUUCCGCUGGAUGGUGGACGCGCGCGUGGCGCCCCGGAUUCACGAGUUCGCUGCCGUCUACCUGACCGCCGCGGUGCAGGCGCUGCUGGAGGAGCUGUGCAGCCGGCUGGGGCGCGGCCCCGGGGCCGAGGGGGGCCCGCAGGAGGAGGAGGCGGCCCUGGAGCACAUGCUGAAUAAUGACGCGGAGCUCUGGGGACUCUUCCAGCCAUACCAGCACCUGCUGUGUGGGAAGACCGCUUAUGACACCCCGGUCCUGCCCUCCUAUGUCAGCGUGUACACUCGGGGGUCCCUGGGUCGCCCCGGCAGCACCUCGCCCCUGGGCCCCACGGAGCUGCAGAGCCUGGAGCACAGCCUGCUGACCAGCACGGUGGACAGCGUGGCCGAGCUGAGCGCCCUGGUCAUCAACGCCAUGUACUGUUUACAGCGGCUGGGCUCUUGCAACCCCGGAGGGAUGUUCCAGCUGCACUUCAGGCAGGGGGCGCUGUCCUGGGAGCCCGAGGCCCUGCACAGCUUGUUUUACUACACCCGCAGGCGCCCGGCCGAGUGGGACAGCGCGCAAGCCGAGCCCCGCCGCGUGCAGCUCACCAGCGACAGCCCAGAGAUGGCCCUGCCGCCCCUGGGGGAAUGGCUGCGUGUGUGCCUGGCGUUUGCGGAGCACCGACACAGCCAGACCGUGGACAGUGGGGAUGUCCAGCAAGCAGCCCGUCUUCUCCUGCCGGGGGCCGACUGCGAGCCGCGCCCACUCAGGGUGGAGUGCUGCCUCUACGCCUCUAAGCGGCUGGAGCCUGUGGUGGCAGAACAGGCCCUGCGCUGGAACCUGGCCUUUCGGAUGCUGAGCUGCGGGCGGACAGACCUGGUGGCCCCAGCUAAGGCCCUGCUGGGUCCUGACGGCAUCAACACCCUUAAUGAUCAGGGCCUGUCCCCUCUCAUGUACGCCUGUGCCAGUGGAGAUGAGGCCAUGGUGCAGGUGCUGCUGGACGCCGGUGCGUCUGUGGACCUGCUGGUCCCCUGCGGGAUACAGAAGGCACGCUGCGCCCACCCUGAGACGCGUCGCUGGACUGCCCUCUGCUUCGCCGCCGCCUUCGGACACACCUCCAUCGCACAGCUCCUGCUGGACUCGGGCGCUGAUGUGGACGGCUGUGUGGGCGAGAGCGAGGGGGCCGAGUCCCCCCUGCAGCUAGCUGCUGCCGCAGGUCACUACGAGCUGGUCUCCCUGCUGCUGGAGCACAGCGCUGACCCCCUCUCAGGGUCCUGCAAGCCAGGGGGCGACACCUCCCUGCACGGGACCUCCAGUGCCUUUGCCCUGGCGGCGGCACACGGGCACAGGAAUGUGCUGAGAAGGCUGCUGACCCAGCCCACCAGCGACAUCCUCACGCUGGAGGACAUGCUGGCGGAGGGGGCGGGGGGCGGAGCCCAGUCCCGCCGCAUGGGGCGCGCUCAGAGGAGGGCCCUGCAGGAGGCGCUGUUCCAUAGCGUCGAGCACGGCUACAUUGACAUCGCACUGGAGCUGCGACAGCAAGAGGCUGUUCCCUGGACUCUGCACACCUGGCUGCAGUGCCUGCGCUCCUCCUUCACACAGCACCGCUGGGACGCGACACACAGCCUGCUGGGAGAUUUCUCCAGCCUGCGGGAGGUGUACAGCAACGAGAUGGUGUCGGAAGGGCUGCCCCUCCUCAUCCACAUCCUGCAGUGCUGCCAGAGUGAGUCCACCGGCCAGCUGCUGGCUACCAUCCUGUCCUGCUGCUACGGGCCCUACCCCGUCCCCACAGUGCACGACAGCGCCCCCGCACAUCGCCCCCGGCGCGGUUCUGCUUGUCUGAACAAUAAAGAGACGUCCGACCUCACCUUCCUGGUGGAAGGGAAGCCAUUCUACGCCCACAGGGACCUGGUUUCAUCUGCCUCCCCCAGCCUGCAGAAGCUGGUCUCCAACACCGCCCAGCCCCCUGGCCAGGUGGAGAUCAGGGAUAUGAAGUUCCACACCUUCCAGCUAGUGAUGCAGUACAUUUACAACGGGGGGACCGAAGGGCUGCACAUCAGCCAGCAGGAUGCUCUGGAGGUCCUUCACGCAGCCCAUGUCUUCCGGCUGAAGGCCCUGAAGAGACACUGCGAGAUGCUCUGUUCCAAGUACAUCUACCCUGCUGAGGCCGUCAGGAUCUACCAGCAAGCCAAGCUGUGCCAGGCCUUGGAGCUGAAGGCCUUCUGCGAGGGCUACUUCCUGAAGAACCUGGCCGUCCUCCUGGAGGUCAGCUGCUUCCGCUGCCUCCUGCAGGGCAGCGACAGUACUGCGGCCGACGACAGCCUGGCUCACGACCUCCUGCAGACCCUGACCUCCAGGAUGAACGCCAUCCACCAGCCCACUGCCAAGGAGACCACGGUGUAGAGGGAACAGGCAGGCAGGGCAGAAGUGCAGAGGCCCUGGCUGUGUGGCCAGUGAACAACACACACUGCUGUCACGGGGCUCCUCUGAGCACACUGGGUGACAGAGCCAGCCCAGAAACAGGCUAGGGACACUACUGCUGCUCUUAAUCGUCACCUUUCCCCUGAGCUGCGCCUGAAUGCCUUUCCAUCUGCUUUUGGGAGUAUGAAGGACAGAUUAAAGUUGCUCAGUUUUCAUUUCUGAUGCUAAAAGGACUAAAUCGGAAGUGAGGGGGCAGUUAAAUGACAAUAAUUGGCUGUUUGGCCCCAGCAGCAGUCUCCAUGUGGAGAGUGCGCCCCCUGCUGUCCGAAGUGCCGCUCCUGCCUGGCGUGAUCUGAGAGAGCUGGUAUCUCCCUCUGCCUCUGGUAUAUUGCAGCUCGAUGGGGCAGUGCCUGGAAUACCCCCUCACCCCCCCAGAGGGGACCCCCUUUUCCCCAGAAGGGAAAGUGGGUGUGAAGAAGCUGCUGCAGGGCUGCAGCAGUGUGAGGGGUACAAACAGGCAGUCGGGGUGUAUUCACUGACCCACUUGUUGACAAGGUGUCGCUGGCCGGUGCUGAUCGCUAUUCCCAGUGGAUGUGCAAUACUGUGAAAUAGUUCACCCCCACCUUUUCAGUUUUGUAAUUUAACUAUUUUUGGAGUUUUAUUUAAUGGCAUUUUUAUGUUUAUUUGGAUAUAUUAAAAGGUGUCUAAUUAAAGAUAUGCAUUUAUGGC